AUGAAACAACUCACCUUCCUCAUAAUCGGCGCCGGCUCCCGCGGCAGCGCCUACGCCCGCGCAAUCACAUCUUCUACGCGCGCACGCAUCGGCGCAGUCGCAGAGCCAGACCCCUACAAGCGGCGCCAGCUAGGCCAGAAAUAUAUUUGGGGCGAUAGAGCUCCCAGUACAGGAGAAGAGUUCGACGGGUGGGAAAGUUGGAUCCAGUAUGAAACUGAACGAAGACGACGGCAUCAAGCAAGUGCAAAUGCGGAUAAUGAAGGAGAGAGCGAAGUAAAAGGAGGGGUUGACGGCGUGCUCAUCUGCACCCUUGACGAAACACACAUUCUCGUCCUGAAGGCCCUCGCAAAGGCGAACCUGCUCGAUCUCCAUGUCCUCUGCGAGAAACCUCUUGCGUUGUCGUUGGAUGAUUGUCUCAGCGUCUACGCCGCUUACACCAGACAGCCAAGAAGUAUCUUCUCAAUUGGCCAUGUACUCCGCUACAGCCCCCACAAUCUUCUUCUGAGACGACUGGUUCGAGAAGAAAAGGUCAUUGGCGAUAUUGUCUCAGUAGAGCACACCGAGCCAGUCGGGUACUGGCAUUUUGCACACAGUUAUGUCCGUGGGAACUGGAGACGGGAAACUGAAAAUGGAGAUGGAAGUUUGCUGACGAAAAGUUGUCACGACGUUGACUUUUUGCUUUGGCUUGUUGAAGGGGCUGUUACUUCGCCUUCAUCUUCUUUUGGCACUAGCGAUGGUGACGGCGACGGUGAGAGGAAAUUGAAGCUACGAACCGUCUCCUCAACUGGGUACCUCACGCAAUUCACACCCUCCCAGAAGCCUCCCGCUGCCGGCUCCGCAACAAACUGCACGUCUUGCCCCAUCGAGCGGGACUGCAUGUACUCCGCCAUCCGGAUCUAUCGCGACAACCAGCUAAGGAAGGGCAAGUCAGGGUGGCCGGUUAAGAUCGUCUGCCCGGAUAUAGAAGACUACCUACCUUCGCCCCACGGCAAGGACGGGAAUGGCACCGAAGAUGGCAAUCUCGAGAAUGGAGCUGAAGGUGAUCUGAAUGCAGCAGAGCAUCAUCUCCUCUCCACCCUUCAACAAGACUACGACGAUAACACGCCCGACGAAGUCAUCAAGCGGAGACCCUGGUACGGUCGCUGCGUCUGGGAGUCCGAUAACGACGUUGUUGAUGACCAAUUCGUCUCACUUGCCUGGGACGUCCUGCCCUCGUCCCCAUCCUCCCAGACGACCUUUAGAUCCACAACUAAAAGGAAUGGCCCCGGCAUAACAGCAAAUCUUCACAUGAUUGCACCCACACAGGAUCAAUGCGUCCGACGGGGCCGUAUCUACGGCACACACGGCGAGAUAACGUACACCUCGUCCAGCAUAACAAUUUACACAUUUGCUGACAACGAGACCCGGAUUCUUGAAAUACCCAAGCAACCGCCCGAGGAGGAAGAGGCACACGGGGGCGGCGACUACGGACUCGCUCGUGGGUUCGUAGGUGCCGUCGAGAAGGUCAUUAAUGAGGGGUGGGAGGCUGAGAAGGCACAGAGAAUGUUUGUGGGAUGUAGCCUUGACGACGUGAUCAAGAGUCAUGGGGUUGUUUUCGCGGCAGAAGAGAGUCGAAGACACGAAGGCGUCGUGAAAUGGGGUGAGUGGUGGGCAGGGAAAUUGGCUGGUGUUGGGUUAUAA